UUUUCAUUAUUAUUUAUUGAUUAAAACACAAAAUAGAAACGCGGUAGACAUGACCUUUUUGUGGGUGCUGCUAUUUACAGCCUUCUCCGGCUUGGUGGCCUAUGUAAAAGUGAAUUACAUCUAUUGGUACUUACUGGGCAUAAGUCAAUUUAAGACAAAUUUCUUAUGGGGUAAUUUAUGGCACUUGAAAUCUUAUCAUCAUACGGAAAUUAUACAAAAAUUAUACGAUACCUAUAAGACAACACAAGUGAUUGCCGGCACCUAUAUUUUCGCGAAACCUGUAGCUGUUGUAUUAAAUUUGAACGUAAUGCAACGCAUGUUAUUUGAAGACCGUGAAAAAUUUCAACAUCAAACUAAAUGGACCGAUAUACCGGAUCAGUUGUCGAAAAUGUUAACUGCUCGCCUACUACAGGAAGCCAAGGGAAGUUCCCAUUUAGCAGGAGCAAUAGAAGUGAAGCUGAGAGCAUCUCGCAAUUUUUGCGUAAAUGUAAAGGAAAUCGUAAACCACUUUACCUUAGAUUUACUUGGCCUGGCAUUGCUAAGCGUUGAUUACAAAAGUUUAACGCAAUCUGAUAGUGAUUUCUAUCAGAAAUUUAUGGAACAUAUUCAGAAGAAACCGUUCAGUGUUAAAUGGCAAAUAUUUCGAAAUGUUUAUAGACGACCUUUCACCAAUGACUUUAACGAUAUCAUAAAUCUCUUAAUACCCCGGCUCAUUACUAUCAUUGAACGAAGACAAAAUCUAAGUCUGAAGCCUGAAGAUUUUUUGAGUAUUUUGUUAAAUGAAAGGAACGAAGGAUUUUCUAGCCAGCCGACGAAAGAUAUAGCCAAACAAGUAAUUCACUUAUUGACUUCAAGUUUUCAAGCAAGCGUUUCGAUCAUUAAUUGCGCCUUAUACGAGUUGGCUAAAAAUAAACAAAAGCAAAUUUUGUUAAGUCAAGAGAUUAGAAAAGUUAUGAGAUGUAAUAACUAUCAAUUAAGUCCAGAUGUUUUAAAGGAAUUAAUUUAUUUGAAACUAGUCAUUAAGGAAACUCAACGCUUGUAUCCACCUUUAACUUUUCUCCAACUUGAAGCUUUAGCAGAUUACGCAAUACCUAAAACUAUAAUAACUCUAGAUAAAGGCAACAUAAUAUAUAUACCUGUCCAGGCCGUAUUACAUGAUCCGGAAAUUUACGCUCAUUCCGAACAAUUUCAACCGGAACGUUUUUUUUCUUGGUUUCAACAGGGAAAGCAUUCCCUAUCGUUCCUUUGCGAUGAAAAUGAUCCGCAUAACGGCAUUGUCUCUUCGUCUGUGCAGGCAAUAGUUAGCAUUGCUCUAAUCGAUUUACUUACUAAAUAUGAAUUUUCUCUUUGUGAUAAAUCUCCGAAAAAAAUCGAAUUUUCAAAAUAUAAUUUUAUUAAAUUCCCAACUAACGAUAUUUAUUUAAAUGUAAAGGCAUUGUAG